UAUGAUUAGAUAAAGUUCGAAUAAUGUGAUUCGAAUUUACGUUUUAAAAAUGGCCCGUCUUCGAUAUUUUACACCUAACGAAAUUGUUCUUCACAACAAAUCGGAUGAUUUGUGGGUGUCGUUGUUUGGAAAAGUUUAUAAUUUGACUUCAUUAUACGAAAAACACAAGGGAAGUUGUCUAUUUGAUCCAAUUUUGGCUUUUGCAGGCAAGGAUAUUUCUAGUUGGUUUCAUCCUAAAACUCUAAAUCCAAAAACACACGUUAAUCCUAAAACCAAUUCUAUAACUCCAUUUACCCCCUUUGGAAAGUUUAUCGAUUUGUCUUUAGUAGCAACAGAUUUUCAGGAAUGUAAUAUUGAAGAACAUUUUUCAGAAGCUACCAGUGAUCGUUCACAAAAUGCCCAUAAUAUAGAAGAAUGUAACCAAGAGAAAACAGACGAAGAGAUAACAAACGAAACAGAUAGACCUAAGCUUCCUUGGUGGAAAGAUGAUUCUUACGUAAUUGGAUUAGUGACCUCAAAACCCAGAAAAAUUCAUAUUGUUAAUAUGCUCCUAUUGAAGGGCGUAACAAUUGAGGUUUGCUGCGAAGAAAAUAUGAACGAGAUAUUAAAACGUUAUCUCAAGUAUAAUACCCAUGCAAACAGUUACACUUGGAGAUAUCGAGGAAAAGAUCUGAAUAUGUUAGGAACUUUAGAAGAGAAUGGUAUCAAAGAUAUCAGUGAAGACCUUUACAGGUUAAAACUAAAUGAAGAUGAUUUCAUUCCAAUCAUUCAUCUUUAUUAUAAUGACGAUUUAACUGUAGUUUAAAAAUUAUUUAUUAUUUUAAUCGUAAUAAAUUAUAAAUUUAAGCAAAAUUACCUUUGUAAGCCUUAUGAAUUCGGCCUUAUGACCUCAGCGGUUACCACUUUGGAUGCCCAGGAUCGAGUCAGAACUAGAUUGAUUGAAUUUUCCACAAGUACUGGCGAUCUCCAGGACUUGAAUCUUCCAUGAGUGUUGGCCCUUCGGGAUUCUGGAUUAUAUGGCGGUUGCUGGACUCAGUUGAAGAGGCUAUAACUGUCCUCGUGGAUCUACAGAUGGGUAGGUCUGUUCUCGUCUCUCAACUUCAUCUCUCAUCUUGGUGAUCUCUGCGUAAUGGGCCUUUCAAAUUUUAGACCUGGGUGACUUCUUUAAAAAAAAAAACCUAUAUGAAAACUUGAAUUUAAACUUUAAUUAAUUAAUAAUGAAGGUGUUCUAAAUAUAAAAUUUCUUGUUGACAA